AUGGAGGCGAGAACCCUCCGGAUCUCCGUGGAGGAAACAGGAGCACCUGGACUGGCUGGAAUUGCCCCUCCCGUCACAUCGAUCGGUUGUUUAAGGUCUCCGACUCGAGGUCCACCCGGACCUCCUGGCGAGCCAGGACCACUAGGAGAGGAAGGUUCUCCAGGAUCUCCAGGACGACUUGGGGAGCCGGGCAGAGAAGGAUAUCCUGGCCAACCUGGUAUUCCCGGCGAGAGUGGUAAGCCUGGAAAAGUGGGUGAACCAGGAGCUCCCGGUAGAGAAGGUAUUCGUGGAGCCAAGGGACCAAUGGGAGACAAGGGAGAACCAGGACCACAAGGCCAGAAAGGGCCGGCUGGAUAUCCAGGACGCGAUGGACAACGUGGAAGCGAUGGUUCCGGACCAGCAAAUUCCCAAGGACCGGACUGGAUCACCGGAAGGCCCGGAGAGCCUGGACAGCAGCGUAUUGGGGGAGCACCUGGACAACCUGGACCGGAUGCAAACUACUGUAAAUGCCCAGAACGUAGUCUGGGUGUCAACCGAUAUGCCGACAAGCCAAAGACAACCGUGGCUCCACCAGCACCACCUGUGGGUUACGAUACUCCUCCAGCAGCAGUACAUGUAUCGCCACCGGCACCCCACUCUUAUGAAGCUAUUGAGGCGCCGCGCAACCCGUACCGUAAGUGGAAGUGGCUUCACUGA